CUAAACACUACCAAUUCACCAAAAAAAUCUCAAUUCACCAAAAAAAACACUAAACACUACCCUAAAAAUACUGCAUUUUGACUUGGAACCAAAAUUGAAUCCUCUAAACCCAGACACCCGCAGACAGCAGAGACCCACUCUCGAGCCUCCCCUCCAGUCCUCCACUCUCACCUCUCGCUCUCAGUUCCCACUUCCCAGUCUCCACCUCGAGCUUCCGGCGCAACCUCCGUCCAGCCACCGCCGCCGUCGCAAGGUCCGUGGAAGUCACUCACCGUCGCAAGUUCCUUUCAGCCAGCUUAGCGCAGCCAGCUUUCCUUUCAGCCGUCGAAAUCGCAGCCACCGCCAGCGCCAGUUUCCGUCGCAACCUUCCUUCCCUUCCAUCGCGCAGCCACCGUGCGAACGUGGAAGCCUCCGUCGCGCAGCCACGCCGCCGCCGGCGCUAUCUCUGUUCCACCGCAGCCACUGUCCUGUUCGAAGCCCGUUCGAAGGUGCGCCUUGUCUCCGUGUCUCCCUCUUGCGUGCUCUGUUGAAGGCUUCUUCUAGCUUCUAGAUACAAAAUUGACAAAAGGCGAAUCCAUCAACAUGGAUAAGAUCAGUAACUUACCGAACUCUAUCCUUUGCGACAUUCUCUCAUACCUCCCAACAAAACAAGCUGUAUCCACCAGCAGCCUCUCUCGCAGGUGGCGCCAUGUUUGGAAGGAUGUCCAAGUCCUUGACAUACGUGAAGAACCCUUUUGUUCCUCUGGGGAUCCCAGCUUAGAUUCUUUUGUCAAUGCUAUUCUAGCUCAGCGCAAUGCAGAUUUGUACCCCAUCAAAAAGUUCCGCCUCACUUGCAAAAGUUUUAGCGUGGAUCCCAUCUCAACAUCGCUUAAUGCCGUCAUUGGCCCCUGUCUUCAGGAACUAUAUCUCAGCCUUAAAGUAAACGUAAUGUUUAGAAUGAACUUGCCUAAAGCCAUAUUCACUUGUACAUCACUUACGUCCCUUGUCUUGAAACAUGAUAUUUCAUUGAAUUAUGGUCCGGAGUUUCCAGAUGUAUAUCUGCCAUCCCUCAAGAACCUAGAGUUGCAAAUUGACGAAGUGGACAAGAAGUUUUUUUCUGGCUGCCCUGUUCUUGAAAAUCUUAAGCUCAUUCUACAGCACAUGAGCUCAGUCUGCCCAGAAGGUUAUGUUUAUAUACCUACAAUUCAGAUGCCUCAGACAUUGAAGAGUUUAACCUUUGAAGAUUACUCUACCUUGUGUCAUGAGAUCAACCAUCGUGUGAUAGACACACCAUCUCUUGAAUACCUCCAUCUGAAAAUAGUGACGUCGGUGUUUUCUGAGCUACUCAUGUCGGUUAGCCAUUUUCCCAACAUGGUGGAGGCACAUGUUGAUAUUCAGGAAAGUCAGUCACGUGUUGAUAUUAACGGUGCAUUUUUUGAACAUGUCUGUUGGGUGCCCAUGCUUCUCCAGGCACUUCGUGAAACAGAGUUGUUGACAUUGAAACGUUACACAACUAUGUGCUUAUUUGGUGCUCCAGCUUUCAAGUUUCCAGAAUUUCACUAUUUGCUCUAUCUAGAGCUUGAUUUUCAAUUUUUCAACACAAACUUCCUGCUAAACUUCCUUCACAGCUGUCAUGUACUUGAAGCUCUCGUAAUUUAUAAUUGGGAGGAACCGUAUCUCCUCUCCAUGGACUAUAAUGGACCAACACCACCAACCAUGGUUCCCAGUUGUGUGUCAUCACAUCUCAAGAAUUUUGAGUUUAUAGAAUAUCAAGACGCUGCAGAUGAGCGUGAAUUUAUUGCAUAUCUUUUACAAGGAGGACUUGUUUUGGAGACGGUGACAAUUCAACUUAAAUCCAAUUUAGACCUAGAGACAAAGGACAAUAUUGUCAAGGGUUUAUCCGCUAUACCGAGGGGCUCUACAAUAUGUCAGUUAAAUUUCUUUGAUUAAAAUCCCAUUUAACAUGGUAUGAACUCACACUAUCUCUAUCCUUAUCCUCUGUUGUUCGUUGAUCAAAACUGUUGACAAGAUAUCAUGUUGGAGUCUUAGAGUUUUAUAUUAUUAAAGUUGCACAACAUUGAGUCAA